AUGAUGAAGAAAUUUCUCAGAAUCAAAAGAAUAUUCUUGGUUACAAUAUUAUUUUUCAUUCAUUUUCAUUUGAUUGAAAACUCUAUCUAUUUGUACAACACUGAAGAUGGGAAAUCAGUGAAUUUUUUUGAUUGUUUUAUCAUUGAUGAUUUACAAUAUUGUCGUCGUCCAUUUGAACCACUAAAUUUAAAUCGAGAUAGGGAUAUAAAUUCUUGUCUGAACAAUGGUGGACAACGUCAUUUAUAUUCAACACUUGAUUCAUCAAAUAUUAGUAGUGAUUUCAUUUUACACGAAUGGAGAUCGAGCAUUGAAAGAGUUGAACAAUAUUCUCAUUAUCGAAAAGAUUCGUCGAAAGAUAAUUACGAUCGAUAUAUUUGCGAAUGUAUUCGAUUGGGAACAUUUGGAAAGAAUUGUGAAUAUCAAUUACCAGUUGGAACAACUAUUGCUCAAGCCUUUCAAUGGCAUUUAGAAAUGAAACGAAGAAACCCACAGCAAGUGCAAGAAUUUGGUGAUAUUGUUUGUUACAAAGAUGUGGAAUGUGAUUCUGGUCAAUUAUGUCUCGAUUGGAGAGAAAUCUGUGACGGAAUUCAACACUGCAUGUUUGGCUAUGAUGAAAAGAAUUGUGAUCUUCUUGAAUUAAAUCAGUGUGAGGAUGGUGAAUAUCGAUGUAUGAAUGGGAUGUGUAUUCCAGAUAGCUUUUUUCUUGAUGGUCAAUACGAUUGUUUGGAUUGGAGUGAUGAAUUAUCUUUUUGGAAUGGUGAUGAAUGUUAUUCGAUGGGAGCAAAUACGAAAUGUGAUGAUCAUAUUUGUCCUCCAUAUCAAUUUUCAUGCGGUGAUGGUCAAUGUCUUCGGAAUAGGUUUGAAUUUCAGCAAUCGUAUGGAUUUCGAGAAUGUUCAAGUCGGCGAGAACAAUAUUUUAUUUGUGAAACUUCUUAUCAUCUUUUGCAAUGGACAUUGCCGAGUGGUCGAUGUCUUAUUGAUGCAAGACAUAUAGCAAUCAAAUCUAAUCGUACGAAAGAUGAGCAAUGUAUUCAUCUUCUCAAAUGUGCUUUAUCACGAGGUAAAGGAAAAGAAUGUCCUUGCUGGUAUACUUUUCAAUGCACUGAAAUUCUUUCGAAAGAUUGUCAUGAUAAUUUCAUUCGAUAUCCUUCUAAAGCAAUCAUGGGAGCUUAUGCAUUCUUUCUUUUUGAUGCCAAUCAAAAUAUGGAUUCCCGUCUACCACGGUACGUCUUUAUCAAUGGAACAAUAAACUGUCAAGGUGUUUUGAUUUCACUUACAAAAACGAUUGCUUUUAUCCCGGAAUUUAACCUUCGCCGUAUGAUCGAAGUUGAAUUUUGUCGAGAAAUAUUUAUUGAAAAUUCCAGUUUGAUAGAACCAUGUUAUCGAAUGAAUGACUCAGUUAAUGUUUGUAAUGAUUCCAGAAGAUGUUUAUCUGUUUCUCGUAUUAACGAUGGAUUUUAUUCGUGUUUAGAUAGAAAAGAUGAAAACGUUAAAAUCGAUAUUCAUGAAAGUUGUAAGGGAUUGAAAUCGUAUCGUUUCUAUUGUUCGGUUAAUCAACCAACAUGUUUAAGUAUUAUAGUAUUAGGAAAUAAAUGGAACGAAUGUAGUAAUGGAUAUGAUGAGUUGUGGUUUGGGAUAGGUCAACAAUUAUCUGAAAUGAACUGUAAUGAACAGCGCACCGACGAAUGUUCUCUUUUACGUAAGUAUAUCGAACAAUCAUGGUUACCAGUUGAGAAGAAUGACAGUCGUUCUCAGCCGGCAAUUCCAUUUCAUUGGUAUUGUGAUUCAUUUUGGGAUUUGAAACUAGGAGAAGAUGAAGACAGAAACUUUUGUCAUCAGUGGUGGAUUUGCAAUGAUCGUCAAUGGAAAUGUCGAACAGGACAAUGUAUUCAACAUCGAUGGUUAUCUGAUCGUGAAUGGGAUUGUACAGAUGCAUCGGAUGAAGAAGAUUUCUUUUUGAAAAGAAUCGAAAUGUUAAAAAAACAGAAUUCUGUCAACAAAUCUCAACAAAAAUUUAGUAUUUGUAACAAAACACAUCCAUUUGCUUGUCUUUCUCAUGAGAAGACUUCAUUGAAACCAUAUCAAUGUCUCAGUUUCAAUCAAAUUGGUGAUAAUCAAAUUGAUUGUUUAGGAAGUAUUGAUGAAAGUAAUAGACGUGUCCACUGUGACCAAACAACAAUGCUUGGAUAUAGCUUUAAAUGUGCAUCGAGUGACACUUGUAUUCCAUAUCAUUGGCAUUGUCAAUACGGCGAGCGCUGUCCCAAUCCAAUCGAUGAUGAACAAUGGUGUUCUCAUCGAGGUAAUUUAUCGACUUACGAUCAAUUCUAUAGAUUUACUUGUUUCGAUGAACAAUUUAAUAGUAGAAUAGAUCGAUGUGAUCGUGAACUGGAAUGUUCCUUUGGUGAAGAUGAAUAUAUGUGUGAUUAUAGAAAGUCGGAAUUCCGAAUGGAUCCGUAUCGACAGAGUAAAGAAUUCGACGUCAGAAGUGAGAUCCAUCCAUUCGAGUUAUCUAAUUUUCCAAAAAGUUCAUCGCUUGAUGUCAAUGUGUCGUUUACUCCGAAGAUUGUUGAUGAUUUUUUCCAACCGGAUCGUUCCUCAUCGUUAUUCAAAGUUUCUUUUUGGUGUAAUCGUGGUUUUGGCGUCUUAUUAAGAGAUUCUUCAAUAGUUUGUUUUUGUCCACCACAAUAUUAUGGUAAAUAUUGUCAAUAUCAUAAUGAUCGGUUAAUAUUUCUUUUCUAUUUAAAUCUCUCUCAAUCAAUUUAUUCAAUUGAAAAUUCUUCGCAAACUUUUCUUCAAAUUCUUCUUCUUUUCUUUGAUGAAAACCAAGUUUUAAUGACCAGUCAAUUUCAAGUUCGAUUACCGUUAGAAAUUAAUCAAUUUUGGAAGAAAACUGUUCAUUUCGUUUAUUCACAUUCAUCACAAUUUCGUCAAGACCGAAUGAAACGAUUCUUCAAUCGUUCAAAUAUUCUUCACCAUCAUCCCUAUUCAAUUCGUAUUGAAAUUUAUGAAGCACAGCACAUGAAACCAAUAACAUUGAUUGCCGUUUGGCAAUAUUCAAUUGAUUUUGAUUAUUUACCAGUUUUUAAAUUAUCGAAAGUUCUUCAUUUAAUCCAAACAAAUCCUUGUGAAAGAAAUCCAUGUCAACCAAAUCAACAAUGUCAAACUCUUCUCAAUGAUAAAUCGAAAUAUAUUUGUCUUUGUCAAAGUAAUUUUACUGGUCCAAAUUGUUCGAUGGAAGAUUUCCGUUGUAAAAAUGAAUUUUGUGCAUCGAAUGCUUUGUGUAAACCAGAUUAUUCGAGUUCUCUCCGAGGUAAUAGUUUACCUCAUUGUAUUUGUCCGUUUAAUCGAUAUGGUGAUCGCUGUGAGCUGGAAUAUAGUCAUUGUCAAAUCAAUUCCUGUUUUAAUAAUGGUACUUGUCUUCAAAGUUCUACGCUUGAUCAAGUCAUAUGUAUAUGUUCAAAUCAUUUCUAUGGAUCUCAUUGUCAAUAUAGAAAAGCACUUAUUGCAUUCUCCUUUUCGAAUCAAACUCGAACUUGUUCUGCCAUUGUUAUACAAUAUUUCUAUAUUGAUUAUCAAAUGUUGAAUCUUUUUCUAACACAUCAACAAGUCUAUACAGUUCUACCUUCAUUUCUCAAAUAUGAAGCUAAAUAUGAAAUAAUACCUGAAAUUGUUUUAGCUAAAGUCUAUCGUUCUUAUCAAGAUAUUCGACCAAAUCUUUAUCUACUUUCUUUACAAAUCAAUAGCGAAUCUUUCGAAGGAUUUACAUGGAUCGAAGAAGAUAAUCGAUGUCCAGCUACGUCUGAAUUCUCAAUGAAAUCCACAUCUCCCAUUGAAUAUCAUCAGAUAUGUAUUACGAAUACCAGUAAAUUUUGUUUUCAUGAUGAUUCAUAUUUAUGUAUUUGUAAGACAGAUCAUACACGUGCCGAAUGUUUUCUCUAUGAUUCAACACUUGAUCGGUGUUCAUUUUGUUUAGCAGGUGGAUUAUGUUUGAAAGGAAAUCAUAUUCUUUGUUUAUGUCCAUUAUGCUAUUCAGGCCUUCAAUGCCAAUUCAAUUCCAAAUCAUUAACAGUUACUCUUGAUCAAUUAUUCUAUUCGGAUUUAAUUUCAAAUUAUAAACAACUAACAAUGAAUUUAAUCAUCAUUAUUUCUAUCCUUGGAUUCUCUAUUGGUUUGAUAAAUAAUAUUUUUUCGUUUGUUACGUUACAUCGAUCGACGUGUCUUCAAACAGGCGUUGGUCAUUAUUUAUUCUAUAUGAGUAUUAUUAAUCAAAUUAGUUUAGUCUUUCUAAUCGCACGUCUUAUUCAUUUAUCUCGAGUUAUAACUGAUCCAACACCUUCUUUUAUGAUUCAUAAUAUUCUUUGUAAAUUAUUAAAUUAUUUUCUACUUUGUUCUAUUCGAAUAUCUUAUUGGUUAACUUCUUUUAUUUCUGUCGAACGUUCAUAUACGGCAAUAUUUUUGAAGAAACAAUGGUUGAAAAAGCCAUCUGUUGCUCGUCGGUUGAUGAUUUUAACAUUGUUGGUUAUUUUACUUUCGACUUCAUAUGAAUUAGUAUUCGUGAAAUUAUUUCUCAAUAAGAUUGGAGAAGAGAAUAGUGCAAUAUGUGUGAUGGAAUUUUCCGUCUCUCAUCAAACAAUCUGGACAUUGAUUCAUCAGACAGUUUCGAUUGUUCAUUCUAUUUUACCAUUGAUAAUUAAUAUUUGUUCGACAAUGAUAAUUAUUGGAAAAGUUAUCAAUAAUAAAAUGAAUAUUUACAAAACUAAACAAUAUCGAACACCAACAACCAAUACUCAUCAAUCAUCAAUAUUUUCCGACUCAAUAAAAGAUAAUCGUGGAGAUCAAGAUCGAUUAAAUGUUUUACGUAAUGUCUUAAAUGAAAAUAAAGAAAUGAUUACUCGGCCAAUGAUCGCACUUCUGCCUUCGAUAUUCUCGCUCUUCUCAUUACCAAUUUUGAUUAUAUCAUUAUCAUUUGCGUGUCAAACUAAUCAAAUCAAUCAAUUACGUUAUCUUCUCAUAAUUUCGUAUUUAAUUUCAUUUCUUCCUCAACUAGUCACUUUUUUUCUCUAUAUUUAUCCUUCAACGUUUUACUGGAAAGAAUGGCAAUCCACUUUUAUCAUGCGAAGAAUUUAUCGUUUUCGACAAUAUGAAGUUGGCAGCGGAUUCGAGUCCUUCCAUCAGCGAUUCGCCCAGGAGUCCGUUCCAACCGUUCCAACUAGCGUUCCAGAUGCAGCUCGGCGAGCUCUAUCUAUGGGAUAUCUUGG